AUGUCUUAUCAACCCGCUAUUAUGAGCGCGUCGCUCGGACGGGCAUGGCUGCACAAUCUUGACUACAAGAUCGAACAAGCCGCAAAGGCCGGUUUCAAAGGAAUUGAGAUCUUUUAUGAAGAUCUUGAUUACGCAGCCCGAGAAGCUUCGGGAAGUGACUCCCCAUCUGCAGAGGAUAUCCUCAACGCUGCAGAUCGUGCCCAUGAGUCUUGCCAAGCGCAAGGGCUCGAGGUGAUCGGCCUCCAGCCUUUCCUUUUCUACGAAGGUCUCAAGGACUGUGAACAACAAGCCAAAUUGAUUGAGAAGAUGAAGCUCUGGUUCCAAAUUGCUAAGCGACUCGAAACCGACACGAUUCAAAUCCCCGCCAACUUCCUGCCCGCGGACCAACUGACGGAUGACCUGGAUAUCAUCGCUGCCGACCUGCGACAGGUCGCCGACAUGGGUGCUGCUGAGAGUCCUGUUGUGCGCUUCGCCUAUGAGAAUCUGUGCUGGAGCACGUAUAUUGAUACAUGGGAGAAACUCUGGGAAGUGGUGAAACGCGUCGAUAGGCCUAAUUUUGGCAUGUGCCUUGACACUUUCAAUAUCGCCGGGCGCGUUUGGGCAGACCCAGCCGAUGCGACAGGCAAGACGCCAAAUGCAGACAAAGACCUGAAACAAUCCCUGGAGCGGAUGGUCGCAGAGGUCGACCUGGCCAAGGUCUUUUACAUUCAAGUCGUGGAUGCUGAGCGGAUGGAGUCGCCUUUGGUUUCUGGUCACCCAUUCCAUGUUGACGGUCAACCGGCACGGAUGAGCUGGUCUCGAAACGCCAGGACUUUCAUGUAUGAAAAUGAUCGUGGUGCAUAUUUGCCGGCAGAGGAUGUUGCGAAGGCCAUCGUCAAUGGGCUGGGGUAUAAAGGCUAUAUUUCGAUGGAGCUGUUUUCCCGGACUAUGGCUGAGACGGGCGAACAUGUUCCUGUCGAGCAUGCGACACGGGGUAUGGCAGCUUGGAAGAAAUUUCACCAAAGGCUUCAACUGGAGUAA